UGUCCUUCUGAAACCCAAAUUAACACCGAGGCGCUCACCUCGAAUCUUAACCGUGGCUCUACUUUCCCCAGCCAUGGCUGCUAGGAGGGGUAAAGUGGCCCGCCGGUUUUCAGACACUUCCCUGGAGGUGCUGGUGGCGGCGGUCAGAGCCAGAGCCAAAGUGCUUUUUCCCCGCUCUGGGAAGAAGGUUCACAGCAGUCUAUCCAAGAAAGCGUGGCUGGAAGUGGCCGAGGAGGUCAGCAGACUGAGCAUCACCCCCAGGACCUGGAUCCAGUGCCGGAAGAGAUUCAAUGAUCUCACUCGUUCAGCCAGAGAAAAGGCAGCGCACAACAUGAGGGAAAGGAGCAGGUUAGGCGGGGGUACAACUGAUGUUGUAGCUCUCAGCCCUGUAGAGCAAUCAGCGAUGGACAUCAGCGGGACAUCGAAAGCGAUCAGCAUUGGGGAUGGCGAGGCCGGCGGAUUCUCCAAGCAUACCGACUGCUUCACGAUCGUGCCUCUUCACAUGGCCCAGGCGAUUCCAGUCAGCAUCAAAACCUCGCCCAGUCCGCCUCCUCCUCGGGAAGUUUUCGAAGAGGAGCCUUCGGAGGAGGACAAACCCGCGGCCUCCCUCUCGAGCGGUAGCGCUGAGCUGGCCGAGCCCGAGCAGGACAAGAACGAGGCCGAGGGCCCGGCUCCGCUCAGCGGGACGGAGCGGGAACGGGAGGGCCCGGGCCCGGGCCCGGAGAUGUCGCGCCGGCGGGCCUUACCUUCCCCCGGUCCCGCCGAUUGGGACGGGGACUCGGACCUGCGGGACCCGGCCAUCAAGAGGAAGAUGCUGGAAGCUCAUCAACGGCUGUACCAGGUGUUGGAAGGCCUGCCGAAGACUCUGAGCGCCAUGUCCGAGAGCAUGGAGGAGAGCACCUCCGCCAUGUGCGGGGUGGUGUCGCACGUGGUUUCCACUCUGCAGUCCACCCUGGAAAGCACGACCACCCCCCGGGAGAGUGCGUUGGCCGAGCCCCCUCAGCCGGAGACCCCGUCGCCCACCGUCGAGGCUUUGAUCGAAGCUCAAACGGCCGCCAUCCAGGCGCUGGGCGCCAACGUUUGCUCAGCCUUGGAGAGGAUGGCGGGUCAGCUGGACACCUUGGUGGAUCGCGUGGACCGGGGCUUCGAGACUGUCUCCCACCUCUUGCGGUCCGCCCUGCCUCAGACGGGCGGCAGUGAGGAGACGAAGCCCCGCGCGGGCGGCGGCGCGAGCUGCCCUUUCCCGCCAAGCCCUCUGCCUUGCGCUGCCCUGGUGCCAAACCGUCAGCUGAGCCAGGGGGCGCUAGCGGCCGCCCCUAAGGCGCUGCAGCCGGAGGGCACGCCCCCGCGAGCGCGCGCCCCCAGGAGCCAACGGUCGCCGCGAGCAUCCCAGGAGGCGCCCGCUAAUUCUUGCUUGACAGGAGGAACGUCUCGUAGGAGUGGCAAAGUGAGUAAACCUUGCCGUAAAAGAAAACAAAUCAAGUCACGUACAGACUUAAACAGGUAUUACAGCACGCAAACGGACCCAACUUGUCCAUUGGCGCCUGAGUUUGUGACCCUUUCAUCCAGUUUGAUGUGCAGUGCUUUCUGGAAGCGGCUCAUAACUUGCCCUGUCAAUACAAACUACCUCCCAGGUUCUACCGUCAAUAAAUGUGGAGCUGGAAAAGCACAGCAGGUCAGACAGCAUCCCGACAAAGGGUUUCGUCUGGAAACGUUCACUUUCCCUGCUCCUGGGAUGCUGUUUGACUUGCUGUGCUUUUCCAGCUCCACAUUUAUUGACUCCCAGGAUCUAGCCUUUGCUUCAUUAAAUCAAAACCCAAAGAACUGCCGGUGCUGGAAAUAAGAAGCAAAAGCAGAAAUUGGAGCCCUGCUGGUUACAUC